UCAACCCCAAAAUACUAUUUACAAAAACUAUUUCAAACACAAUUUCAACUCUAACUCAAAAAUUUCAACAAAAAGUGAUUUUUUUAUUUUUUAUUUCUACGACCAAACGCCUGCUAAAAAAGAAUUUUGCACUAUUUAAUUACCAAGAAAGGUUAAACCCUUCUCUCUCUUUCUGUUUUUCAUUCUGUUUGUGCCCUUUACUUUGACCAGAAUUACAGACUAGAUGAAGAUUGAUGAAGGUUUCAUGGGCUUAUGUGACUAUGAGGCAGGAUUGGAAAUUAAAUCAGAGGAUGAAGCUUGUCCACUUUUCCCUGAUCCGAAUCUUAUGAAUAAUCUCAGAGUUAGUGAUAAUUUAGUCAACAGUAAUGCUGACAUUAGUCCAUUUCAAUCUGUUGUGGAACUAUAUACUGAAGCUCGUUCAUUUUUCCCUGAUCCGAACCUGAUUAACAAUCUCAGAGUUGGUGAUAAUUUAGUCAACAGGAAUGUUGACAUUAGUCCAUUUCAAUCUGUUACGGAACCAAACACUGAAGCCCGUUCAUUUUUCCCUGAUCCGAAUCUGAUUAAUAAUCUCCGAGUUAGUGAUAAUUUAGUCGACAGCAAUGUUGGCAUCAGUCAAUUUCAAUCUGAUGUGGAACCAAAUGCUUUUGUCCCAUCGACUGCAGAUGAUGCCUUUCACGAGGAUUAUGAUUUCAGUGAUGUGGUGCUUAAGUAUAUAAAUCAAAUGCUUAUGGAAGAGGACAUUGAAGAAAAGAAUUGCAUGUUUCAAGAGCCUGCAGCUCUUCAAGCUGCUGAAAGAUUGUUUUAUGAUCUUAUCGGACAGAAGUACCCUCCUCCCCAAAAUCACGAGAAACCAUCCAAUUUAGGUCAGAAUGGACAUUAUACUGACCAUAGCAGUUUUUCCUAUAGUGAAAAUGAUGGUAGUGAUGACGUGUCACGUGUGCCUCAUGUUACUGAUGGUGUUGCUUUGCAUUCAACUUCUCGUUCAUCCUAUAGUUCAUCUGGCAAUUUAGGUCAACAUGGACAUUAUACUGCGGACCAUAGCAAUUUUUACUGUAGCAGAAAUGAUGGUCGUAGUGAUGGCUUAUUAUGCCCAAAUUGGAAUCUUGAUCUCGGUGAGGAUGAUGUGUCACAUGUUUCCGAUGAUGUUACUUUGCAUUCAACUUCUCGGUCGUCCUACUGUUCGUCAGGUACUAUCACGGAUGUGCAUGUGGAUUCUCCUGUGAGCACAGAAAGGGUUCCCGACAUAUUUAGCGACAGAGAGUCUAUUAUGCAGUUUAAGAAAGGGGUGGAGGAGGCAAGUAAGUUCCUUCCUACGGGCAAUAGCUUGCUUGCUGAUGUGAGAUAUAAUGUAGCGGGAAAGGAGCAGUAUGAAGAGAGAAAAGAUGCAGUACUAAAGUAUGGGCAAAAACAAUCUCCCGAAAGGUCGAGAGGGAAGAAAAAUACCCUUCAUGAAGAUGUAGUAGAUUCAACAGAAGGGAAAAAUAACAAGCAAUCUGCAGUGUUUUCUGAAUCAAUUGUUCGAUCAGAAAUGUUUGAUAGCGUGCUGUUAUGCAGUGCAGGAAAAAAUGAAUCUGCUCUUCGUGAGACCUUUCAGGCUAUAUCAAGGCAAAAUGCAUUAGAGAAUGGCCCUUCAAAGGGAUCUAAUGGCAAGAAGUUACAAGGAAAGAAAAAAAGGGGUAAAAGAGAUGUAGUAGACUUGAGAACACUCCUGACAAAUUGUGCACAAGCUGUUGCUGCAGGUAAUCAAAGAACAGCAAAUGAGCUUCUGAAGCAGAUCAGGCAAAGUUCUUCUCCUUUGGGUGAUGGGAUGCAGAGGCUGGCCCAUUAUUUCGCUGAUGGGCUUGAAGCCCGGAUGGCUGGUUCCGGUACUCAUAUUUAUAAAGCCCUUAUUACACGGCCCGUAUCAGCAUCUGACGUAUUGAAAGCUUACCACCUACUGCUUGCUGCCUGCCCGUUUCGGACGAUGUCUAGCUUUUUCUCGAAUAAGACAAUUAUGAAUCUAGCUGAAAAGGCUUCGACAGUACAUAUUAUAGAUAUUGGCAUUAUGUGGGGUUUCCAAUGGCCUGGUCUAAUACAACGUCUCUCUUCUAGACUAGGUGGACCCCCCAAGCUUCGUAUAACCGGGAUUGAUUUUCCGCAUCCUGGUUUCCGACCAGCAGAGAGAGUUGAGGAAACGGGGAGACGGUUAGCUAAUUAUGCUGAGAGCUUCAAUGUUCCUUUCGAGUUCAAUGCUAUAGCGCAGAAGUGGGAAACGGUUAAACUUGAGGAUCUUAAGAUCAAUAAGGGUGAGGUUCUUGUGGUAAACUGUCUGUACCGUUUUAGGAAUCUACUUGAUGAGACUGUGGUGGUGAAUAAUCCAAGAGAUGUUGUUCUGAAUCUUAUCAGGCAGUUGAAUCCAGAUGUUUUCAUACAGGGGAUUGUAAAUGGUGGUUAUAAUGCCCCAUUCUUUAUCUCACGAUUCCGCGAGGCUAUUUUUCACUACUCGUCGUUGUUUGAUAUGCUUGAUGCUAUUAUUCCCCGGGAAGUACAUGAGAGAAUGCUGGUUGAAAAGAAUAUACUUGGUCGGGAGGCAAUGAAUGUCAUCGCGUGCGAAGGUGCUGAGAGAAUUGAGAGGCCAGAAACAUACAAGCAGUGGCAAGUCCGAAUUAUGAAGGCUGGUUUUCGACAGCUUCCUUUGGAUGAGGAGAUCAUGAGAAUGACAACAGAACGGUUCAAGGUGUUUGACAAGAACUUCGUGAUUGAUGUAGAUAGUGAAUGGCUACUGCAGGGAUGGAAGGGUCGUAUCGGAUAUGCACUUUCAACAUGGAAGGCAGCUUAUUAAAUUUGUUUACGUUCAGCAGCCAUGAUAUCUCUCUGCCCCUUGUAAACAAUGAGCUGAUGAAUGGUAUUCACUUUUCCAAGUGCUAGUUAUUCAUUUAUCUAGCUACCUUUUUUCUAGUGCCAAUGCAUCAAAUUGUCAAUUUUUCUAGUGUUAAUUUGACAAGUGCAACCGUGAAUGGCUGAAUGCUAUGUUAAUAUCACUGCUUUGCUUAUAGAGGAAUGAUAAUGAUUUUGGAGCA